AUGGCUGCAAUGGUGGAGGGCGCCGUCGUGCGUCAAGGCCACCUUCGGAAGUUGAAGACGAUGAAGAAGAAGUAUUUCGUGCUUCGCGCGGAAACCUCGGAGUGUUCCGCGAGGCUCGAAUACUACGAAUCGGAGAAGAAAUUUCGGUCCGGAGCGGCUCCUCGGCGCGUCCUGCUGCUGAAGAGCUGCUACAAUAUAACGCGGAGAUUGGACUUGAAACAGAAGCAUGUGAUAGCUUUGUUUACUAAGGAAGAACAAUUGUGUAUAGUGGCUGAGAAUGAGCAGGACCUGCAUGCUUGGCUCACUGCUAUCCUCAAACAGUUCAGGACGGAUGACGCCAGUGAUGAGCUCCUGCAUCCCAUACAACACGUGUGGCAAGUGAAUGUUCAGAAGAAGGGUUUGGGAGCGUCUAAAAACAUCCAGGGGCUGUACAAUCUGUGUCUAACAGAUAAGACCCUGGCCUUGGUUAAGAUUAAGAGUCUGAACAAUGUCAUCAGUGACUUGGGGAUCCCGGAGAGGGUCGAGUACUCCUUGAAGAACAUCAGGCGUUGCGGUGACUCCGAGUGUUUCUUCUACAUGGAAGUUGGGAGACAGACGGCCACCGGCGCGGGCGAGCUGUGGAUGCACUCUGACGACUCCAACAUAGCGCAGAGCAUGCACUCCACUAUAUACCACGCUAUGAGGAACUGUGCCAAGGAGACGGAGAACGAGAAGGAUCACAUCGUGAUACACAACAAGAACCUGCUGGAGGGAUCACACCCGCUACCUGCGAGGAGGCAGACAUACUCCGACGGGAGGGGGCGGGCCGGCUUCUAUACUGACAAGGGCCUGUGUGUCGGGUCGUGUAUACGGCAGUGUGUGUGUGCGGCCAACACUAUAGACGACUCGGCAGCGGCCGUGGCUCCUCUCACACCACUCACACACGCGGACACUGGCCAGGCCACUCAUCACCGGACGGGGUCAUUGCCCUCGUGUCCGGUACAACCGUUCGAGGCGUGUCCGGAGGGUUUGUCGGAGCGGCCAAGGGUGCAUCACGGACGGACUCACUCCGCUCCACUGACAGGCGAGGAGCUGGACAAGGCGCUGUACUCCAGGGCUAACGGUACGGACGGGCGGCGUCCGGCCUGGCUGCGACGAGCCAGCACCGGCACCAGGCUCGCUAAACUGUCGCCGGCUCACACCACCAACUCCAGUUCGCUCCGUAAGCGAUGCGACACGAUGCCGACACGAGCCAGCAGCGGACUGGACCUGGAGCGAGGAGCAGCCUUCAGGGACGAACGGGACCCCAUACACUCAAGUUUAGAAUCGUCACGAGACGACAUCGACUCGAUAUCGGAGUGGUACCGGACGCCGCGGAUACCGGAGGAACCUGACUGUUGUGACGUCAUGUCCAAAGACUUCAUGAGCAUGACGACCCGCGGCAGUUCCAUCGCUCACUCGCGCACGUCGUCUACAUGUGUGGAGGAGGCGGAGGUGGUAUCGGGGUCUCCCGCGCUGCCCGAGGGCUACAUGCCCAUGGGACCCAUACACGAGCCUCUACCACUAGUCUCCUCCUCCGGCUCCGUCUGCAGCGGAACGCCCUCCACAGACCCUAGGUUCAGCGAGUAUCAACUGGAGCCAGCAACAGCUCACAUCGCGGAGGAGCGGUCGACGCGCGCCUACAGCGUGGGCUCCCGGCCCGCGGCCAGAGCCGAGCCCGCCAGGCUGCGCGCGUACAGUGCGGGCGCUAGACGCAAGCCCCUGCCGCCCGCCACGCGGCCGCAGCACGUGCCCCACACACACACACACUCCUACCCGCGCGCCUCCGCCGACGACCUCAUGGAGCUCGACUUCUCCUCCAACUCGCCCGCGCCGAAGGUCAUAGUGGCGCGCACCCCGCCCGCCGCCGGGUUCAUGGAGACCAGCCGACGUAACGUGGACGAGUACGUGGACAUGUCGCCUCGGAACGCCGGGUACGUGGAGAUGAGGCCCGGCGAGCCGCCCGCCGCCUCCACGCCUGGGCCCGCCGCGCCCGCCACGCCCGACGGGUACGUGGAGAUGACGUACGGGCGCGCGCCCACACGCCCCAUCGCCAUAGGGGCUCCCCGCCAGCCGCCGCCCUCGGUGGGCUGCAGCUCGGGCUCCGGGCCGGGGUCGCCGGACGAGCGCCGCCGCCGCCGCGAGCCGCGCACGCCGCUCGGCUCACAGACGCUGUUCCACAUGUCUAUGGAGUCGCCCUCGUCCCCGGGCGAGGCGGACGACGACGACCACCACCAGCUGAGCACGGUCCGCGAGCUGGUGGAGCCGCGCGCCGCCAGCCCCGAGCCCUCCUCGCCGCAGUACGUCACGCUGGCCGCCAACCCGCGCCCCGAUGACCUGCGCAAGCUGGGCGGGGCGCUCCACUACGCGUCCCUGGACCUGGAGCCGCGCCGCACGCCCGCCGCGCCCGCGCCGCGUCUCUACACACAGAUAGACUUCAUGAGGAGCGAGAAGUACGCGGCGGACGCCACAUAA